AUGCCCAAAUUCGUGCCGCGACAACGAAAGCACAAGGUCCUCGCUCGGCGGAAACCUUCCAAUGAUGGCGCGACUAUUGACGCAAACGCUGCAGAAAUUUUGCCCCAGGAAGAGCAGGAGCGCGCACAGAAAAAAGCCGCGCUCAAGGAUGAGCUCACCCGGGAAUCACAAGGCAAGAUGAGCGGCAAGAAGAAGAAGCGACUCGAUAAAUACAUUGAUACAAAACUCAAGAAGGAGGAAAAUCUUGAGCUACUGAAAAAGCUUGCUUCUCAAAAGAUUGACACCAGCCUAUUCCAGAGCUCCAAGAAACUGGGACGUGGAGGGGAUACUAAGAGGGAGGCAUUGAGGCGGGCGCUUGCUGAAAGCAGAGCCGGAAUCGACGUCGCCAAGAAUGAAGGACUAUUACUCGAGAAGCAUGAAGUCAGGGAGAUGGAGGAAAACAGUUCAGAUGAAGACAGCAGACCAACAACAAAAACUGGUCUGAAAGCAACGCCAGCGAAAGCAUCCUCGAAACCAGCACCCAAUGAACCCUUGCGAGAACGAUCGCCUUCCCCAUCACCCUCCGAACCAGAGACGCAUACCUCCGCUACACCGCUCGCUGGUCCACAAUGGACAAACGGGCUAUUUGGAACUGGGCUGAAGAGACCCUUGGAGGUAGAUGGAUCAGGAAAACCUGUCAUACAAGUACGCAAACGUCGAAAAGACCAAAGCAAAAAGCCAGUCGUGAUCGAGGAAGAAGUAGCCUGGGAGGGGUUCAGCUCGAGUGAAGAGAAGAGCGAGCAUGAAGAUGUAGAAGAAUCUGAGCACUCUAACGCAGAGUCGGAAGACGCUGGUACCGAGUCCGAAGAGGAGGACAUGUCAGAUGCAGAGUCAGGAUCGUCAGAAGAAGACUCAGAAGACGAUAGCGACGAGGAGAGCGAGGAGAGCGAGGAGAGCGAGGAGAGCGACACAAGUCCCGAUGAAGAAAACAAGAUCGCAAAGAAGGAAAGAACGUCGGCAUUCAAAGCCUGGGCUACACAGCAAAGAAAUGAGCAAGCAGGCUUCACUCCUACCAAUCAACUCUCAUAUGCGCCUACGCCCGCCAAUUUCAAACCUCGGGCUCCCGAGCAAGAUCCUUUGCCCCCUGAACUCGAAACAAACACCGCGACCGAUGCGACACGGAAAGCUUUUAGCGUAGUCGUUCAACGAUCACCCGAAAUACAGGAGUCAAGGAUGCAGCUUCCCAUUGUGGCGGAAGAGCAAAAGAUCAUGGAAGCUAUACACAACCAUGAUGUGGUAGUGGUUUGGGGUGCCACUGGUAGCGGUAAAACCACACAAGUGCCGCAGUUCCUCCUGGAGUCUGGGUAUGGAGCAGCCGAUGGCCCAACACCCGGCAUGAUUGGUGUUACACAACCGCGACGAGUAGCCGCGGUGAGUAUGGCCAAACGUGUUGGCGACGAACUCGGUGACCAGAGCUCGAAAGUGGCGUACCAAAUCCGUUUCGACACCUCUACAAACGCCAAGACUGCCGUCAAGUUUAUGACUGAUGGUGUGCUGCUACGGGAGAUUACUCAAGACUUCGUUUUGACAAAGUACUCUGCAAUUGUCAUUGAUGAGGCUCACGAGCGCAGUGUAAACACGGACAUUUUGAUUGGUAUGCUCAGCAGGAUUGUGGAUCUGCGAGCUCAGAUGGCGCGGGAAGACCCGAAGAACAAGCCUCUCAAACUGGUUAUCAUGUCUGCCACACUACGCAUAUCGGACUUUACGGAGAACAAGCGCUUGUUCAGGGGUGAACCACCGCCACUUAUCAAGGCAGAAGGCCGCCAAUACACUGUUGUCAACCAUUUUGCACGUCGCACCCAACGAGAUUAUGUCGACGAGAUGUACCGCAAGGUAUGCAGGGGACAUCGCAAGCUGCCCAAAGGUGGGAUGCUUAUCUUCCUCACUGGUCAGAACGAGAUCUCCCAGUUAGCCAAGCAAUUAAAGCAAGCUUUCCCUUCUACACAAGGCAAAGAUAUCAAGGCUGGCAAGGUGGUCGUAUCUCCGACAGAGACGCCGUUAGAAGUAGAGGACAUUGAAUUGGGUGCGCCAAGCCAGAAUAAAACCUACGAGGACGACGACGGAUCGGACUCUGAAGGCUCUGUGAUUAUGGGGCUCGACGACGAGGACGACAAAGAGUUUGAGAUUGAAGAUGAAAAGCCGGAAGAGACUGUUAUGAACGUACACGUUCUACCUCUCUAUUCACAAUUGCCGACGAAUCAGCAGUUGCGCGUCUUCGACCCACCCCCGGAUGGCUCCCGGCUUAUUGUGCUCGCGACGAACGUUGCUGAGACCAGUUUGACGAUACCAGGGAUCCGUUACGUAUUUGACUGCGGAAGAGCAAAGGAAAAAAAGUAUGAUCUCGUUACUGGUGUGCAGAGCUUUGAGGUCGGAUGGAUAAGCAAAGCCAGUGCUAACCAGCGAGCUGGUCGUGCAGGUCGUACCGGUCCUGGUCACUGCUAUCGUCUAUACUCAUCUGCGGUGUUUGAGCGCGACUUUGAAGAAUAUGCCGCCCCCGAGAUAUCAAGAACGCCACUAGAGGGGGUCGUCUUACAGCUGAAGAGUAUGGGAGCGCCAGUUGUCAGCUUUCCUUUCCCAACGCCGCCGGACCGUGAAAGCUUGCAGAAAGCUGAGAACUUGCUUUCCUACCUGGGCGCAUUGUCUGUAGACGGAAAAGUGACAAAGCUCGGUCAUGAGCUUUCGUUAUAUCCUCUCAACCCGCGAUUUGCCCGCAUGGUCGCAAUGGGCGUUGCGCAGAACCUUACAGCCGAAACCAUUGCGUUGGUAGCCGCCUUGUCAGUGCCAGAACUCAUUAUACCAGAGAACAAACUCGGUUUGCGAGAGCCAGUCAAGGAUCCUGAGGCUAUCCGGACAGAACAGGAUAACGUGGAAGCUGAAGAGCGAUCCCGGUUGCGGAAAGCUUACAACGCCGCACAAGCAAAGAUGAGCAUUAAUGCAAAGCAGAGCGACUGCAUCAAGCUCAGCAACGCUAUAUGUGCUUACGCCUACGAACCCAACUCACAAGGUUUCUGCGAAGACAUGUUCCUCAACGCGAAAGCUAUGAAUGAAGCUAGCCAGCUCCGUCAUCAACUCACAAACAUCGUCCGGGCACACCGACCGACAGCUAUUGGGGGAUACCAGGCUAAGCUUCCCGCGCCUUCGGAACGUAGUAUCAAUCUCCUCACUCAAAUCUGCGCAGCAGGAUUUAUCGACCAGAUCGCCAUGCGCGCAGACCUCGCCCCCAUACCGCCUGAGCUCCCCAGGAAACCAAAGACCGCCAUCGAUGUCCCUUAUGUGACAUUAUUCUCUUCCCAAUCAGAACGUUCAGACGAUCCGCACGCGCAAUACGUCUAUUUACACCCUUCAUCCAUACUUGCGCGUACACCGCCAGCAAAGAUGCCGGGAUACAUCAUCUACUCGCACCUUCAGCGUGCAGCAACAUCCACCAUCAACGGUAGCAGGACACCGAAAACCCGCAUGCACCCGUUGACGCCCGUCACGAGACCACAAAUUAUCAAUAUCGCGUUGAACACGCCGUUGCUGCAGGCUUCCAAGCCAAAGGGGGAGUCAAGGUUGGGGUCUUGGUAUUAG